CUCUACCUUACACAUCCUCCCGCUACUAGCCUCGUAGAUAAAUCAACACGGGGAAUCUUCGUGGGACAAAAACUGACUUUUUCAAAAUAUUUUUGGCUUCAACAGAGUGUUUAUGAGUUUUUGAAAAUCUAAGUGAUAAAUUGUUUAUAUCAAACAUAUUUGCAAGGAUUAAGAAAACAUUAAGAUAUAAAGAAGUAUUCUGUUUACCUACAUAUUCUGCAGAAAAGAGGUUGGUGUGAGAGAGACCUCAAGCAGCUACACCUCUACACCGAUGUACCUGACCACUUGGGUUCAAGCUCAGUUGACCCAUACAAACCUUAAACAAUGAUCUGAUAUUGUCAAGUUUUCCACCAGCUGUUAGUGCUGAUAGUGACGAGCUAGCGUUAAUCUAGAAGAAAACUGAUGUGUUGACAAUAAGUUAAUAUUGUGAACAAAAGUUGAACCCAAACCCAGAAACCAUAUCGUAAAAUAUCUUGUAUAAAGAACCCGUGCGUAAAACCUAGACCUGGAGCUUGAGAUUGAACUGUACCCGGAUAUUUGAACCUGAACCUGUCAAAGGAAAUCAGAAUCUGAAGAACUGUGAACAAUUUCUAAUCAAAGAUCUGAUUACACAAAAGGUUUACGGCUGAUAUUCCUGAAAUCCUAAACCUGCCAGUACACUACAAACAACAACAUGGCUGGGCGUAAGGUGGAACGAAUGAGCCCUGACCGUCAAAUAACCGCCCAGGAUAUUGAUUGUCUUAAGGAGGCGUUUGCUCUGUUUGACUGCGACAGGGACGGGGAGAUCACAGUCCAGGAGUUGGGCAAGGUGAUGAAGACCCAUGGUUUCCAUCCUACGGAGGAGGAACUCCAGGAUAUGAUCAGGAACGUCGACACCAAUGCUAACGGUGCCAUCGACUUCAAUGAGUUCAUUGAGAUGAUGGUGAAGCGGGACUCAAGGAUUGAAGAUGAUGUGGUGCAUGCGUUUAAGGUGUUUGACAGAGAUGGAGACGGCCUAAUAUCAGAGGAGGAGUUGAGGUUGACCAUGAACAACCUCGGCGAGCCUCUGACCGAGGCCGAGGUCAAAUCAAUGAUUGCUGAAGCUGAUCUUGAUGGAGAUGGGAAAAUUAAUUUCCAGGAAUUUUCUCGUCUUAUGGCCAACAGCUCUGGAGCCUGUGGUUCAAACCAGUCUAAGGGAGUAUGACGGAUAGACUCCUAGUGCCCUGACCCACUGCUGACCGCGGGCAUUGUAAACUCAGGAUUUGAUUACUGGUCAGCAGACCACUGAAGUUUGAAUGCAGAAGUGGAAAACCAAAUUUUUAACUUAAAAAUGAAUUUCAUUAGUGCCAGAUACAUUUAAAAGUUUUACAAUUAGAAACUUGAGUUAUAAUUGAAAUAGUUGUAUAAUUACAUGCUUGCUAAUUUAAACAGUCAUGGUGAUCUUUACAUUUUAUCUAUAUGUGUAGUUUACUAGUUAUACAAGAACGACCGGUUGAGUUUAAGCACUAGUUACAUAUUUUCAAAGAAAAGUUUGUUGUAACUUUGAAAUAGUCUUUUAAUAAGUAAGUAUAGCACCUAACUAUUUGUGUCAAAACUAAAAGUAAUGGUUAAGUUAGGAUUUGAGUGAAAUUUUCUCAAUUAAGAAUGAUGGAAAAAUCAGCUACUUUUGAAUGCAAUAUAUUUUUUCUUGAUUUGGUGAAGAACUUGAGUUUAAAGUUUAUGGUGUUUAAGACAAAAUGAUUAGUUUUAAGAUUUAGCUGAAAACAUGUCAAACAGCAUAUCAUAUUUUUUAACCUUGAUUGAUUGAUUGAUCUAAAAGAUAUUUUAGAUUUGAAUUAUAAGUGUGAGUUGUAAAGCUAGAUUAUGCCAAACGAGAUAUUUCUAUUGUAGUCUGAAGACGGUAACCAUAGUAUCUUCCAAUUUUAUUGGGCCUGAGCAAACACAAUUAAACGAUCUAAAAAAAAUUAAUCUUUCUGCGAAAAAUUUCAUGAUUUUAUUGCCCCCCUUUCGAAUUGAUUUAAAACUCUCU